UUCUUAGUACUCAUUUGAUCAACGUCUAAGUCUUUUGAUCUCAAAAACUCUACUCUACCCCAAAAAUCGUAUCAGAAUAUAGAACAAACAGUGGUAUAGAUUCUCAUCUCUUACUUUCUCCUUUGAGGAUAAAAAACACUAAGAAAAAACCAUCACAAAGAUCCACAAGGAUUAAGCCAGUAACAAUGUCGUCUCAAAACCAAGCAGAGGAAGCACUAGUAACAAAUCUGAAUGAGACAGAACAAGAAGAUGGAGAACAAGACAAAUCCAUGUCCAAUUUCAAAAACUUCUUAUGGCAUGGUGGUUCUGUUUGGGAUGCAUGGUUUAGUUGUGCUUCAAAUCAAGUGGCUCAAGUGUUGUUGACACUUCCAUAUUCAUUCUCCCAACUCGGUAUGGUAUCCGGCAUUGUGUUUCAGAUAUUCUAUGGCCUUGUUGGAAGCUGGACUGCAUAUUUAAUCAGUGUUCUCUAUGUUGAGUAUCGUGCAAGAAAGGAAAAGGAAAAUGUUAACUUCAAAAACCAUGUCAUCCAGUGGUUUGAAGUUCUUGAUGGAUUACUAGGUAAAUAUUGGAAAGCAUUGGGGCUAAUCUUCAAUUGUACUUUUCUUCUCUUUGGAUCUGUAAUACAGCUUAUAGCAUGUGCAAGUAACAUAUAUUACAUAAAUGAUAAACUAGACAAAAGAACAUGGACAUAUAUAUUUGGAGCAUGUUGUGCUACAACAGUUUUCAUACCAUCUUUCCAUAAUUACCGUAUUUGGUCAUUUCUUGGUCUUGGAAUGACUACUUACACUGCUUGGUAUCUUGCUAUAGCUGCGAUAGUUAAUGGCCAGAUAGAAAAUGUGGUACACUCUGGUCCAACAAAGCUGAUAUUGUACUUCACUGGAGCCACUAAUAUACUCUACACGUUUGGUGGACAUGCUGUCACUGUAGAAAUUAUGCACGCCAUGUGGAAACCUCAAAAAUUCAAGUACAUAUAUUUUUUGGCAACUUUGUACGUUUUUACAUUAACGAUUCCUUCUGCUGUUGCCGUUUAUUGGGCUUUCGGUGAUGAACUUCUAAACCACUCCAAUGCUUUUGCUCUUCUCCCUCAAAGUGGAUUUCGUGAUGCGGCCGUUAUCCUCAUGCUUAUUCAUCAGUUUAUCACAUUUGGAUUUGCAUGUACUCCAUUGUACUUUGUAUGGGAGAAGGCUAUUGGAAUGCAUGACACAAAUAGUAUUUGUUUGAGGGCAUUGGUAAGAUUACCAGUUGUGAUACCUAUAUGGUUUUUGGCUAUAAUAUUUCCCUUCUUUGGUCCCAUAAAUUCAGCUGUUGGAGCCUUACUUGUUAGCUUCACUGUCUACAUCAUUCCUGCCUUAGCCCAUAUGCUUACUUAUAGAACAGCCUCAGCAAGAAAGAAUGCUGUUGAGAAGCCUCCUUUCUUCCUACGAAGUUGGACAGCUAUAUAUGUCUUGAAUGCAUUCAUAGUGGUAUGGAUUUUUGUGGUUGGAUUUGGGUUUGGAGGAUGGGCCAGCAUGAUCAACUUUAUAAAACAAAUUGACACUUUUGGACUAUUUGCUAAGUGCUACCAAUGCCCACUCCCAACACCUCCCCAAGCACCACCCCCUCGGGUCUAUCUUCAAAGUCCAAAUUACACAGUCAAUUCAAUAUAGUUAAGUUAAGCUACGAUCACAUUUUCUUAACACUUUGUAUUGUACAUGAGGGAGUGAGGUAAUAGUUGAUUUGUUAUAUUUGUUAUGUGAUGCUUGGGGUUUGAACAUUUUGUUCCAUUGUUAUAUAGUUUUCAAUUCCUUUAAGUUAUUAAGUUGAACAAAAGUAGUGUGUCAAAUGUUGUAAUUCAUUUUAGGCUUAAAUAUAAUUUUCGUCCUUGUAAGUUAGCGUGUUUUUGAUUUUCGUCCCUGUAAGUUAUUUUUUUGGGUUUUAGUCCCUAUAUCUUACUUUUUGCUUGAGGUUUAGUCCCUAAAGCCAAAAUCCGCAGGAAAAUCUGCAGGUUACCUGCGGAUUUUCUUGUGAAUUUUCCUACGGAUUUUGAUUUUAGGGACUAAAACGAACGCGAAACUAAAAUAUAAGGACUAAAACCCAAAAAAAUAACUUACAGGGACGAAAAUCAAAAACACGCUAACUUACAGGGACGAAAAGUAUAUUUAAGCCUUCAUUUUAUAAGGAAUGUAAAGGUCAAUGAAAUUGCUUCCCUCUCUCAAA